CUUAGCACCGUUGCGGCACAAUGAACUUUGCAGUGUCACCAGUAGCCGCUGUUGCCGAAUUGCGUUUGCUUUGCGCUAGAGUUUACGUCUUAGCUUUAUUCCUCGAGCGGACCAGAAAGUAUCUUCAGUUCGCAACUGUCCAGUUGCGGGUGGCUUUUGCAUUCUGUGCAUUCACGCUGAACGGAGGAGCGAGAGUGCGAGAGGACUGAUUAAAGUCGAGAGACGCUCACGCUACCGUUAGUAAUAUGAAUUCAAACGGAAAAAUUGAUUACUCUACAACUUGUGGAAGUGGAAGCACAAACGCGGGCGCCAAGAAUGUUGCGUCAUUGAAUAAACUUCAGCCCUCUACUGCGUCAACAUAUGUGACACGACCAGUCGAAAGGGUCCACCCUACUUUCCCGCGUAAGUACGACGCCACUGCCUGCCUGGCCGGCCGACCCGUUUUUCGACGACGUUGGCGUAUCUUGCACCUUCCCGAUCUUCCAAAUGGAUCCGUCUUUCACGACCACCCAAGCCGACCCUCCGCCGCAGCACCUUGUGGUGGGUGUGCAGCUUUCGGCGCCUUCGAAGCGAAAGGAACUAAUUCGUCAAGCGGAGCACGACCUCCCGGGUGCGCCGUGUGCGAGGACAGCAGCACAACAAAAUGGCGGACAUCAACUUCUUAGCAUCAACCUGGAGGACUGCACCGUUGUGGUAAAUCCAGCGGAAAGAACGGGAAAAGCCAGGAACACUUCUUCUUUUAUUCGAGGUGAUGUUCUUGUGCAAGACCAACACCUCGCACUUCCAGACGAUGGCGCAGGAGGAGACCGAGCCUACCACCUCCACACGGAUAAUAAUUCCGUUAGCUCGCUCGAAGGUUCUAACUCUGGUCUGUCUGACUACGCACCGAGCCUGGAGUUUGCGGUCGAUGCGAUCUUUGACACCACGAGUGCAAAAGUAUCUCCUGCUGACGACGACGAUACGGAUGGCAGGAGUAAAUCGGGAAAAGACGUAUCUAUCAUGAUGUUUUGUGGUGCCUAACGUUGACUUAGUUAUUUGUUUUCACCUUUAGUGCAGUCUGUGUCCUGUCUGGCAUGUUAUGAUCCAUUACUCCUUUACAAACAUGUACGCCUGCAUGUGAAAUGGAAAUCGCAGUCAUCGUCUAGUUUGUGCAUGGCGGUGUGAAAAAGGAAUACCUACGUGAUGGCGAUCCUCCCUUACAAACGAUCGUAUCAGGUAUCCACCUACUUCGCCACGGCCCUCGCCAAGGACGCUAUCCAGGGCGUCAACGCCUGCCUGUUCGCUUACGGUGCGGCGCGAACGGGAAAGAGCUCUGCGAUUUUCGGAACAGAAGCAGAAGACGGGGUCUACGCAAAGCUAUUGGAGCAGUUGCUUUCUGCCUUUAUUGACCGCCCAGAGGAUCAUACGGAGACAGUUUCACCGGUGGUGGAGGACGAUGCAGGAACACCAGGGGACGGGGAAUAUAAAACGCAGAACACCGUCCCUAAAAGCACGACCUCUAACACCACGACGCUGGGCGUGAGCAUUUUUGAAAUUUUAUCCUGAGUAAAAACGUACCCACACCAUGGUCAAGAUGGGGAAUCGGCUAGACAAAUCCACAAGUUUUGGCUGUUUUGCAUGACAAAUUUGGAUUCGUAGUAUAGUGCUGUUUCAGCUAGCUCAGCAGCAUCACAGAUCUAGCAUACCAUGCUGAGUGGAGCAUGACAAAUUGCAAAGCACGACUAGAAAAUGCUUCUCAUGGAGCUCCGCAUGAGAAACAUUUUCAGCAUGCAGAUUUGCAUUACAACUCUGGUGUGGGUACGUUUUUACUCAGGAUAAGUUUUCCACGACCGCGCGCGCGACUUGCUGGACGCUGCCGGGUCUAUCAAAUGUAAAAAUGUCUGGGUCUGGAAGAAUGCAACUUGUCAUGCUAAAUCUGGAUCAUGUAAAAAUCUGUGUUGCGUGAUUACCAAAAGCUGUCCACUGUUAACCUAUUCGAGAGGCAGUUUCUCAUGCAGGAUAGGCAUCACAUAACUCUCACAGAAUCUGUCAUGCUCUGUCCUACAUACCAGACCUCAUAUGUCAUGGAAAACCUGCAUGACAAGUCUGGCUUUCUUCCAGACCCAGACAUUUUUACAUUUGAUAGGGUCGAAAACGGUGCAACUGAAGGAGCAUCCGGUGUAUGGCAUGCUGCUGCCGAACCUGCACCGGCAAACCGUCGCAACGGUCGAAGACGCGAAGUUUUGCCUGGAUUUCGCCCUGAAAAAGCGCGCGUUGCAGCAGGGCGUCGUGUUUUCCGAGACGCGCGGAACGGUCUGCGCCAUGGUGGAAAUCAUCACGGUUGUGGGCGGCAGUGGCUGCUCUGCUCCUACUGCUACAACAGCUUGUUCGCACACUCAAAAUCACCUCACCACCACGCCAGCACAGAACCACCGUGAGAGCAGCAACGCCUGCGCGAGCUCCACCACAUCCGCGACUUGGUCGGAGGCAACUCAGAUGCUGCUGACGCCAAACAGCGACGCUACGGUUAAUCUCGACCAACCGCUAAAACCUACCAGAUUGAGUUACAACAACAAUAAUCUUGAUCUUCGCAGUUCCUCCAGCAGAAAACACUCCUCGUCGCACAGUGUAGUCAACAAGAACGCCGGUAGUUCGUUGACCGCGUCUACGUUGUCUGCGAGAGGAGGCAGUAAGACUGGCUCUAGUGUUACAGGUACAGCAGGUGACCACGUCGUGAUGAAUUCGAGCUUUGUGGCACGGAGAGCCACGGCGGGAACGAACGCGUCAGGUCGUAGUUGUAACGAGAUUCAGGUUGGAGCAGGUUCCUGCUUUGUUCCGGAAGUAGGAACGUCGACACCGAGAGAAGUAGAGCAGGGUGGAGCAUCAUCUUCGCAUACUUUGUUCCAUCAGCCGCAACUGGACCGCAAGCGCAGCGUGGUUCUCCUCGUGGACCUUCCGGGUUGUAGUAAAGUGCCUGGUACAUCACCGAUGAAUUCUGACCGAGAUCACUACCUGAACCUGAGCGACAAUACAACUAAAGCCUCCUCGACCACCAACCCGUCCCUUGCCAACCUGACGCACUGCAUCAACCUCCUUGCCUCCGAGCCCUCGGAAUGCAUUCCUUGGACGGCGUCGCAAUUGACCAUUCUGUUGAAGGAAACCCUGACCUCCAAUUGCCGCACUUACAUGCUCGCCUGUGUGGCAAACAGCAACUGUGAUGUUGAAAACACGGUCGCAACGUUGAAGCUGGCGCAAAAUGUGCGCUCUUUGCAAACCACCGCCCGCGUGAAUGCGUACUCGCACUUGGAGGUCGUGCAUCGGUUAACCGCGGAGAAGAAAGAACUGGAACGAAGUGCGGAAAGUGAGGAAAAGACCGAUUUACUACGGGAGGAAAUCGAGUUCCGCGAAUCUCUGUUGCAGUUUUUCCAAAAGGAGUGGCGGUCCUGUCUUUCUGCGCAGUACCGAGCGAGAAUGGUCAGUGCGCUGGGGCGGUUGGGGAUUUUGUCUACUACUUCUUCCUCGGGGUCCUCAUCUGCAACAGGCACCUCCACUGGGGCGGAUCAGCUGAUCCUGGACGGCCACACCAAGCCGAACCACGAGGGAACAUCAGCACGGAAGAACGCAAAAAUUAUCACCCUCGUCAACGAGAGCGACGACCGGCUGCUGCGCGGACGGUUGCAGUACCAGUUUGUCUGCGACGAGGCGGGUGUGUCGGAGAACGCAGAAGAUCAUGAAAUGGUGCAUCAAGCUGCACCUUGUCGCCGCCUCGUGGUAGGGAGCCCGCCGGGGGCUGUAGUAUCGCGGCCACAGCAGUCACCAAACGAAAUGGCUUCAAACACGAGCAAGAGCGGGUCUGUACAAGAACUCGCAGGUUCAGAACAUCAGCAAAACGGCGCCAAAAUGAAUUAUGCCCCGAUUGUCCUAGCCGGCCUCGGAGUCCCCGAAGCGGAGGUCUGCUCGUUUAGCGUUGUCGCGAAGGAAGAGGCCACUAAUACUGGCCUGGGCGGCGUCGACGAGGAGGAAAUUUCUACCACAAAAAAUGAACUGGUCUUGGAGGUGCACGCGCCAAAUCCGUUUUCCUCCCUCGAACUGGGAUCCUCUUCCUCUCGGGGAGCUGACGGCGUCAGCGUUCUUACCCCUACAUGUUCCCAACCAGCGGCGACCCCCUCCUCGCUCACCACCUGCUCCGCUGUUUCCGUUUGGGGGAGAACGUUGAAAUUUGGCGAAAGUUGCGUCUGCAAGCACGGCGAUUUGAUUUUGAUCGGCCGCGCGUUUCUGUUUCGGGUGGUGGUGUCUAGUAGAAGUACUGUGGACCCUGGUACUUCGUCCACAAGCGACGUAGUUCACGAGGGGAAUAACAGUGACACGAGCAUUUCGCAACUAUCGACAAAAAUGUCGUCCCUCCUCAGUUCUGCGGACUCCGACAGCUACAGCGAAUUAAAGCUCUACAUCGAGGACGUUCACGAGAAAAUGGGGGAAGAAGCCGGGACCGCGUUUCUCGCCACCUUGCAGGAAGCCUGCCACUGUUAUCAAAUGCAAAUAUCCCUGGAUGUCUGGAAGGAUCCGAAUUUGUCAUGCGUGUUUCGGAUCCUACAAAGAUCUGUGAUGCAGAACGCGUAAAAUCAAAAUGAAAAUAUGCCCACUUCUGGCCAUGCUGAGAGGGCAUUUCUCAUGCAGAAUACGCAUUACCAAGGAGCUGCAGAACCUGUGAUGCUAGGCCCUGCAUUCCAGACGUGGGGGAGCUUGAAAAAACUGCAUGACAAGUCUCGGAAUCUCCCAGACCCAGACACUUUUGCAUUUGAUAACUGCGUGGACGAAGCAAACUUGAUCAGUCGCGAGGUGAGGCCAAAGGACGGGUUAUCACGAAGAAGAAUCCCCCUCCCCCUUUCAAAACGAAGCUUCUGAUGCUGAAUUGCGUACACAAAUCAGCCUUGUCUUGCAGUAGAGGAACUGCAGACCCAUAUCAAGCCUGAGUAGGAGAGGUUUUGGCCUAAGCGCUCAGCAUGACAAAAGUCCAUGCUUAGACCCAACACCAUCACAAACCGCCGGCAUGAUGCGGGGGGAUUUUUCCUCGCGAUACGGGCUGAAGCUGGAAGUGGAGUUCAUUUGGGACAUCUACCGCGAAAAUCACGAAGAAGUUUUAGUCAUCCGCGUGAUGCAAGUCGUUUUGGCGGAUAGCUACGUUUUAGAAGCGGGACAACAUCUCCAAAACCAGCAGCAGCAAUUGCUGCACUACUGGACCUAUGCAUUGCAAAAGUACUAUCGCACUCGUAUGAAUGCAAGUCUGGCAUGACAGAUCUGUUCUUUUACCUUAUUCUGCAUGAUAAAUUUCAAUUUUCCACCUUUAUUUGGAAAAAUUUGUCAUGCGCUGACUAAAACUAAUAGGUAGUGCGAUACUUCUGCAAUGCAUAUUAGCUACUCCCGGUUUCGGCAGCGGUUGGAGGCCAUGCGGAACGUGUACGCGCAGCGGACGGAGUUCUAUCAAAUGCAAAAAUGUCUGGGUCUGGAAGAGUGCCAGGUUUGUCAUGCAUAUUUUGAAUGAUCCAUGAUGUCUGUGAUGCAUGCCCUAGCAUUACAAGUUUUUAGAGGACUCUGUGAUGCCUCUACCGCAUGAGAAAUGCCCUUUCCGCGUAGCACAAACUGGAUUCCUCUUGCUGGUCACGCAAUACAAUUUUUUUUUAGAAUCCAUAGACAGCAUUACAAGUUUAGAAUCUUACAGACCCAGACAUUUUUGCAAUCCAUAAGUUCACGAAGGGGGAUAUUUUGACCGAUCCCUGGUGCGAACCGGUGCAGUUUGGGGACUUGGCGAACAAAGUCUCGUCUGCUGUCCCGGUUGCGGAGUUCGAAUUGAAGAAGCGAGAAGUUUUGCUGAAACAGCUGGAGCAGAGUUUGUCGCAAAAAGACGUCGAAAUAAACAGACGGGUCGCGGAGGAACACUAUCAAGGGGGUUCUACUUUCGAUGUUCUUGAUGUAGGUAAUACUGGUCGCGAGGUGCGGAGUGCUACUGGUCUGAGCAGCAGUAGCUGUGCUGCGGUCCUCCAAGUCGAAGAUGGCACGACGCCGGUUGUACUACGAGGUGCGAGGACCACCUCUGGCGGGGGAUCGUUUUCUGUGGAGUACCACCAAGGCACAGAUCGUACAACGGCCCGUCUAGACCAGAGUUUUGCAAGCACGGCAAUCAGCGCAAGUAGUACAACAGCACGCGCGGGCGGAGGCUUACAAAGCGGGCGGAGUAGCAGGACCGGAAGCACGGGGCUCCGAGUGCCGACAGUAUAGACUUGUUUUCUUCACAUCAGAUUUCAUCAUCAAGUGGGCAUUUCAGCGUAUUUGUUUUUGUUAUUUGUCAGUGCUGCUGUUUACGAGAUCAUGCCUAGAAAUUCAGAAAAAAACUUCACAGGCUCGCGGCCAUCAACACCAGCAACUCCACGGAAAACUGACGUCUAGGGGAUCAAGAACAGCAGGUGGUUUACUCUCAGCCCGUACAGCACACGGCUCUGGCCUACCGCCGCACCAACCGACGGUAAUAUUUAAGGCACAAACCGCCACAGACCAACCAAGUAGUGCAGCUUCCACCGCGGCGGUAAGGGCGCAGAUUUUGCAGCUGAACCAAAAGGCCAAUAAAGCAGAGGAGCAGGUUGAGAAAUUGAAAACCGAGUUGCAAGAAGUAACAGAGUCGAAAGACAGCGAAAUUCUGUUUCUGCAAGACCAACUGCGGGAUAAAUUAGAAGAAAUCACGACUUUGCAGAAUUUUCUCGAAAUCAGCAAUCGGGAAAAUCGCAUGCGCGAAGACCAUUUGCACGAUUUGAAAGAGUAUCAAAUGCAAAAAUGUCUGGGUCUGGAAGAAUGCAAGAUUUGUCAUGCAUAUUUCUCAUGACCCAUGAUGCCUGUAAUGUAUGCCCUAGCAUCACAGGUUUUUUAGGGAUUCCUGAUGCCCACUCCGCAUGACAAAUGCCCUCUCCGCGUAGCAAAAAUUAGAUUCCUUUUGCUGCUCAUGCAACACAAAUUUUUUAGACAUCGAAACGCAGCAUCACAAGUUGCAUUCUUCCAGACCCAGACAUUUUUACAUUUGAUAAAGAAAAAGUGCGGGAUAAAGAGAAACUCAUCGAGCAAUACGAGGAAAAAGCGAGUCGGGGAAUACUCGGGCUGCGGACAACGUCUUCCAGCACCGCUACUGCUGCGAGCAGCGUGAAUGCGAAUGUGCCAGCACAUAACGCAACUGCAGGUGCGGGGUUUAUUGCUAGCGGUGGCGGAAUGCAGGCGUCUACCUCUACGGCAGCUGGAAGUGCAGUGGUGCACCACGUAGCUCAACAACCUGUAAGCGUUCCGCAGUACACGAGCGCCGCGCAUCAUCCGCAGCAGUCAGUGAUGGCGCAGCAUCAGCAGUCCUCGGCCCACGUUCAUCACGUAGUACCUCCGCAGCCGCACUUCGUGCAGACGAAUGUUGCGGCAACGACUGCAGGGAUCAUCGCAGCAAAAAGCUCAUACUCGACUGCGGGUUUGGUACCCCCGCAGGCAAAUGCAAAUGCAAACUCUUCCUACCGGAUAGGAGCUUCCUCACCUAGAAAGAGCACCAACGAGAAGUCGUACACCAGCGUCAACAGAUCUUCCGCACACAGUACUUCCCAAAACCCAGCUGUCCACUCUAUAGAAAAGAGACAACGCCCUACAAUCGCCGCUUCCCGAAAGCAGGAAUCUGGUACAAGUCCGCACAAGCUCCGCGCGCAGUCACCGAGACCUGCGGAGAAGCAGAAAAGCAUUCGGGCGCAAUCGCCGAGACCAGGUGGAGGUGGAGCGGCAGGUGGAGCUCCGGCGGGGACCAGCAUUUCCGCCUCCCGGGCGAAAUCGCCUCGACCAAGUUCAAACGCAGCUUCUGGCACCGCCGCCCCGCCGCGGGGCCACUCCCCCCGGGGAAUGACGAGAACCCAGUCUCCCAGAGGAGUGCGAGGCACGCGCGCCGGGCCGGGAGCGGGAACUACUUCGGGGACGGGAGGAAGGGUAAUGUACAUAGAGCAUCUUCUUCUUCUCGUUGGUCUUCUUGAGUUCUGUUUGUACAUGUAUGUAGCUGCAUAUUAAUUAACGAAAGAACAAAUCUUCUGCACGACCGUCCUGCAUGAAAAUGAUGUGCAGCGUCGCUCCCAUAAGUAUUUUUUUCCGCAAAAUAUGCUCUAGGUUGUGAAAUUUGCGGCCCCCGCUCCGACCUCGAUGAUACACCCACCCCGAGUUGUCGACGAGGCACAGCAACCUCUACCGGCCCCGCACCCAGUACCCCAACAGACGCCGCAGUUUGUCAGGAAAGAAGGUGUAAGCACGAGGCACCACACCCUGCCACAGCCUGGGAUUCUACGGGCCAUGAAGUUCGUGCCAACGGUGCGAAGUAGCGUGGGUGGGGUUUGAAGGACCCACCAUGGUUCAGAAUUUUUGAAAUUCUAGGCGUAACACGAUAAUUUUCCGAGAUUUGAGCAAGAUAGAAACUCUUUUUUCUGCGCAUAGUUCAUGACUUUCAUAUUUGUGCGACGUUUCAAGAAACUCACAGAUAAUGACAAUCUUCACGUUCAGCAACAUGUUGACGACGCUCUUGUCUUCUUUCGUAAAGCAUUUAAGCACUAGCAUGCAUAGAAAUUCACGGACUUCUUGUUGCGACUAUCGGCGGUGAUGGUCGUGUGAAACCCGUUGGGACAUCAGAGCGCUUUAAUAUCUGUAAUCAUGUGUGCC